AUGAAAGGGAAUUCGGUCAAGAAUUUAAAUGAAAAGAAACGUGACGACUUCUUACCAACAUUAAACAGCGUGUUUCUCAAAGCUCGAUUCUUCGGUAUAUCUGGGUAUGGUCUCACAAUAUCAUUUUUUUGGAGUCUCAUAUUGUUCUCAAUGCUGGUUGUCAUGGAAUCUGUGGCUAUAUGGAGAGUUGUGACUCUGCUUGGUGAAUGGCUUGUGAGUGCUUCUAAUAAUGGUCUAAUCGGACGUCUAUCAGGCGCAAUAUUUUAUGGUAACGCAUUGAUUUCUCUGUUCCUAUCAUCGAAGUUUGUGCACUCCUGGCGGAGUCUAUCAAAUUACUGGUUGAGGAUGGAAACCAGUACUGCUCUGGACUUCCCUCCUGAUGUUAGAAUAAGGAAGAGAACUAUUUAUAUAACUGCUUUUGUGGUUUCUGUUGCUGUAGUUGAACAUAUAUUGAGCAUGAUAUCUGCUACUGGCGUCGGUUUUCCACCUGAAGAGUUCUUAUACAGAUACGUCACGCUGUCCCAUGGAUUUAUCUUGAAAGCUCAGGACUACACCAUAUGGAAAGCCAUACCAAUCUUCGUGCUGAGCAAGUUGGCGACGGCUCUAUGGAACUUCCAGGACCUGAUCAUCAUUCUGAUCAGCAUGGGUCUAUCCUCGCGGUAUAAUAGACUCAAUUUGUACGUCAGGCAUGUUGUUUCGGUGGAAAAGCAAUUUGAAUCUAAGCAGAGGUUUGGCACUGAAUUGUACUUACAAAUUCAAGUAUGGCGUCGUCUACGAGAGGCGUAUGUGCGACAAUCAACACUCGUGCGCAUGGUGGACCGAAAUCUGGGCUCUUUGGUGUUGUUGUCCAAUAUCAACAAUUUGUAUUUUAUCUGUUUGCAGAUCUAUCUUGGGAUACACAAAUCCUCCGGCUCAACAAUCAGUCGCUGUUACUUCUUAUUUUCUCUCGGCUGGUUGAUAUUCCGCGCCUGCAGUGUAGUGUUGGCGGCGUCAGACGUACAUCUUCACUCGCAGAGAGCCCUCAAGAGUUUGCACGCGUGUCCCAGUGCUGCUUAUAAUGUUGAGAUAAAACGGCUGCAAUACCAGUUGGCACAUGACUUCGUAGCACUAACCGGCAUGGGUUUCUUCUCUCUACGCAGAGAACUACUAUUAGAAGUAGCAGCUGCUAUAUUAAAGUAUGAAUUAGUUUUAAUACAGUAUGAUAAGUAG